CGUCUCGUCACAUGUGCCGGUUUGUGCUCGUGCGUCUUCUGUAAACAACAAAGAAACAGUCCAAAAAGUUUUCAAUUAAUUAAAAGAGUAGGGCACCGUCUAGGUGAUUCCACGUUGAAUAGAAAUGGAUCAUGGAAACAGAAACUAUUUUAAGAAUUCUCCCAGGAAGGGCAGUUUUAGUAUUUCCCAGCAAAACCAAUCUAAGGCUCCUCCGGUAAUGAUGCCUUUGAUUCAUCCGGCAAAUAUCAAGAAAGAGCCCGGUUUAAACGCGAAAAACGCUUUCGUCCCAGGGCCAUUUGUUAAUUCUGAAGAUGAGUCUGCGAGCACAGCCUCGUCAACAACCAUCUCUUCAAGAACUAAUAAUGGUCGUGUCAAGAAGCUAAAAAAGAAUCAGAAAAAAUUACAGGCGACGGUGAAAACAGUUCUCUCAAGUAAGAAAAACGACAUUUCCGGGUCAAAGUGGAGUCCUCUUAAUGGGAAACCAGCUUCUCCUCAAGAAGAAAAGAGCAGCAUUGAGGAAGGCAGAGAAACGUUUGCAUGGAUUAUACACCCUGUCCCUAUAGAUGAGUUCUUCAGUAUGUCUUGGGAGAAAAGACCCCUACACAUUGGCCGAGAAAAUCCGUCAUAUUACUCAGCUCUCAUCUCAACGUCAAAAUUUGAUACCAUGCUCAGAAAACACAACAUACAGUUCACCAAAAACCUGGAUGUGACAAGCUAUAAAAAUGGCAAAAGAGAAACUCACAAUCCUGAUGGAAGGGCACUUCCCGCACAAGUUUGGGAGGCUUACAAAAAUGGGUGCAGCAUUCGCAUGUUGAACCCACAGACCUUUAACAAGCAUGUUUUUGCUCUAAACGUUGUUCUUCAAGAAUUCUUCGGAACCAUGGUGGGAGCUAAUUUAUAUUUAACUCCUCCUGGCACUCAAGGAUUUGCUCCACAUUACGAUGACAUUGAAGCGUUUGUGAUCCAGCUGGAAGGAAAAAAGCACUGGCGUCUUUAUACACCCAGAGAUGCAAGCGAGGAGUUGCCACGCUUUUCAAGUUCAAACUUGAAGGACAAAGAGAUAGGCAAACCAAUUAUGGAUGUGGUGCUAGAAGCGGGAGACAUGCUUUAUUUCCCAAGGGGCACAAUUCACCAAGCCAAUGCCUUGCCAGACUCUCACUCCUUCCACAUCACAGUCUCGUGCUAUCAGAAAAAUUCGUGGGGAGAUUUUCUGUUGAAGUUGAUUCCUGCUGCAUUAGAAAUGGCUCUUGAGGAGAAUGUAGAAUUUCGCCGAGGCCUCCCCCUGGACUACCUGCAAUACAUGGGAAUUGCGCAUUGCGAGCAGGAGUCUUCCAAAAGAACCGAGUUUAUCUCAAAACUGAAGAUGCUUACUGAAAAACUGUUCAGUUACGCCCCAGUUGAUGCGGCCGCAGACCAAAUGGGAAAAGAUUACCUUCUUGACAUUCUGCCUCCUAACCUUAGAGAAGAUGAAAUUCAAAGAAUGUCUGUCAAUGCGUCGGUUCGUAUGGAAGAUGGUAUUUUGAUCCCAGCCAAGCUUUUAACUGUUAAAACAAAAAUCAAAUACCUCAGGGCAAACAUAGUAAGGCUUGUUUCUGAAGAAGAAACUGUCCGUGUUUAUCAUGCGGCUGAAAACUCGCUAGAGUACCACGCAGAAGGAUCAAAAUUUUUUGAAGUGAGUGCCGAAGAAGCUGGUGGCAUUGAGACCCUCUUGCAUGAGUACCCUUCCUACACAGCCAUAGCUGACCUUCCUUUGGAUACCGAUGCAGAGAAGUUGCGUCUAGCAAAUAUCUUGUGGAGGAAAGGACUUGUCAUGGCAGACAAGCCUCUGUAAGGAAAUUUCUCAAAAGAAGCACCCAAAUCAUAUAAAAUCAUAUGUUCAAACGGCAACUUGUUCCGCAUCAUAUAUUGCAAAUUUGUAAAAAAAAAUUUAAUUUUUUUUAUCAUUUGAUGAACUUAUUACAAACAAUUAAAAAAUUUAUUUUAAAAAUCUCA